UUGCUAUUUUAUGUGUAUUUGUUAUGCUGAAAAAUAACAGUUUUCCUGUUUUUCUUUCUCUUAACUUUGCAGAGAGGCUCAGAUGAGCUCAACAUGUAUGGUAGCAGUCCCAGCUCCAUGACUGCGAAUGGCAGUGACAGUAAGAAACAGCGCUUAGAUGAAUCACCUCCCUCCAGAGUUCUCCACAUAAGGAAACUUCCCAGUGAAGUGUCAGAGACGGAAGUCAUUGCUUUGGGCCUCCCCUUUGGAAAGGUCACCAACAUUCUGAUGCUCAAGGGGAAAAACCAGGCGUUUCUGGAGUUGGGUACAGAGGAAGCAGCCAUUACGAUGGUGAACUACUAUACAGCUGUCACACCACAGGUCAGGAACACACCUGUCUUCAUCCAGUACUCCAACCAUAAGGAGCUGAAAACAGAUUCUGCUCUAAACCAGAGGGCCCAGGCAGUACUGCAGGCAGUGACAGCAGUUCAGGAUGGAAGUUCUCCAUCUUCUGACCCAGGAGUUCUGGACCUUGCUCCACCCCCCAGCCCUGUCCUGCGAAUUAUUAUUGACAACAUGUUUUAUCCUGUGACACUGGAUGUUCUCCAACAGAUCUUCAGCAAAUUUGGCACCGUAAUGAAGAUUAUAACCUUCACCAAGAACAACCAGUUUCAAGCUCUUCUUCAGUUCAGUGACCCUGUCAAUGCACAGCAAGCUAAACUGUCUUUGGAUGGACAGAACAUCUACAAUUCUUGUUGCACUCUGCGGAUAGAUUUCAGUAAACUGGUCAACCUCAAUGUCAAAUACAACAAUGAUAAGAGUCGAGAUUACACCAGACCUGACCUUCCAACUGGGGACGGAGAGACAACCAACAAGGAUCAUUCACUCUUGGGUACCCCAUCUGGAGCCCUAGCUUCCUACUCGAGUGGAGGAGGUUACUCAUCUUCUCUCUCCCUUUCACAGGGUGGAGGAGCCAUGAGUCCUCUGAGUGCUGCAGCCGCUGCAGCAGCAGCUGCAGGUCGCGUUGCUCUCUCUGGGUCCGGAGUGUCAGGAGUCCUGUUAGCCUCCAACUUAAAUGACGAGAUGGUCACGCCUCAAAGUCUCUUUACCCUCUUCGGUGUCUAUGGCGACGUGCAGAGGGUGAAGAUCCUCUACAACAAAAAGGACAGUGCUCUGAUCCAGCUGUCUGACGGCAACCAGGCUCAGCUGUCUAUGAGCCAUUUGAAUGGUCAGAAGGUGUUUGGUAAAGUGAUGAGAGUGACAUUGUCAAAACAUCAAACUGUGGCUUUACCCAGAGAAGGCCUGGAUGAUCAACUACUAACUAAAGAUUUUUCUGGCUCUCCACUCCACCGCUUUAAGAAGCCAGGAUCCAAGAACUUCCAGAAUAUCUUUCCUCCCUCUUCGACACUUCAUCUCUCCAAUGUCCGGGAUGGUGUUGGAGAGGAUGAUCUUCGUCUUCUGUUCUCUAACAGUGGAGGAACUGUCAAGGCCUUCAAGUUCUUCCAGGACCGUAAGAUGGCCUUGAUCCAGAUGACGUCAGUUGAGGAGGCGAUCCAAGCACUGAUGGAUCUUCACAACUAUGACAUGGGAGGGAAUCACCAUCUAAAAGUUUCCUUUUCAAAGUCCACCAUCUAACUUUCACACCCAACUUCAAGAUCCCUGACGAGUGAGGAAGUCCCCACUGUUUUCCACUUAUCCAUGUGUUCCGUUUAUUUGCACUGCACCUAAACCUUAAAACAAGUAUUAUAAUAUUACACAUCAAGUGAAAUCAAAUUUUCAGUUACAGUUGAAAUAUUCAGAAAACCCAAAUUACACAAAGUAAACUCCUGACCAAUGGAAGUAGCAUUUACGCCUGGCCCAUAGGCAAUUUGUUAAAUGUCCAAAUCCCUGCUUUUUUCUUCACAGCAUCUUUAAGAGCAGCUUCUGAGGAUCUUUAUCUCCAGAGGUUUAACGUUUCACCUCGCUGUUGUGAUGUAAAUGUAUACCUUUGGGUGUGUCCUUAUGACGUGACAUCACUGCUGGGUGUGGCACUUCAGACCACACCCAGCAGUGAGGGUUGGUGUGUAAUGAAAAGGACUUGGACUCUCUUUCACCGGUCAACAUGGCAGCAGAUUUUGUCUUCUUGAACAAAUUUUGAGUUCUGCCAUUAAUGAUUAUUUUCUGUACAUUGUUUUACGAUCCAAACCUUUUUUCUCUUCCCAGGCUAACACCAACUUUGCUCCAUCACAAACCUCUUGUAUAAUUAAUGAAGUCAUUAAUUAUUGAACUCCUCUUCCCCUUUGUUUAAUUUAAAGGUGUGUUUUUGACGGCAGGGUUACUGACACACACACCCUCUUUAUGCGGAUCAUUCCUCCAAACGUAACCUCGGACAUUUUCCCCAAAUUACAAGUAUAAAGAAGAAGGUGGUGUUUUCACUGAAGUGGGAUUCACACAAUCCUCUCCUCCCAUCUGCAAAGAGCUAUUUACAUCACUACCUUCAAGGGAUUUUGAAGGUAGUGAUGUUUCAAGGGAUUUUGAGAACCUACAAUAAAACCGCUUUCUGCAACACACAAUCACUUAAAAUGAUAUUCAGACGCAACCGAAAUUUGAGGACGCUAGCACUUAUAAAUCCUCAAAUCAGGUAGAAUAAACUACUAAUUCUGUAUUUGGUGCAAUUUCCAAUUUGAUUAAGGAUAUUCUGUGACUGUAAACAAUCACUCUGAGGACAUUUAUAUGAUGCCUUGUCGUAGCUGUUCUAUUGGGAUGUUUAGACGCAUUCUGGAAAGUUCGAUGCUUUGAGGACAAUUCGUUGUUCCCCAAAUUUUCCUUCCAAAAUAACUUUGACACUGACAAUGAUGACUCAAAGGUGGAGCUAAAAUGUUCUAAAUCCUAUCCCUCUCUUUUUUUUUAAACCGUAGCUGUGAGCGCACUCUCUCUCUCCCUCACACACACACACACACACACAGAAACACACACAGGGUGCGCGUUCAUGCUCUCUGUUUAGACAAGGUUUAAAUAUGAGGUUCUGGUCUUGGUCUCUUCUUUUGGAAGGAGACCUGUUAUGACCAAAGGACAUGCGCCUUUAGUCUGUGGUCUAAUUUUACUGUUGAUUAUUUUGUGUCUUCAAACAAUGAAUUUUACAGACAAUGUUUGUUUAACCUUGGUUGUAAACCUGUAGAAGCAGAAUAUUUUAUUUUAUAAAUAGAACCUCCUCUUCCCAGUCAGACACCGUGAGCUUAUUUAUCAUGCAGAGAUGCACCGAAACCUGAGGUCCCCUCUAGUGUUUCAAAUUUUGUACUUCUCUGUGGUUCUUUCUUGCAGCUGCAGAGGUUAUUUUUGGGAUUGAUUUCAUUUAUUUGUUGAAGGGUGUUGUUUUAAUUUCUUCACUUCAGUUUUUAUGAUGUUUGUUUUUCUGUCAUUAGAUUUCAGAUCAGCACAAAUUAAAAACGUCUUUUCUACCAAGGAGGCAAAGUAAAA